AUGAAUUCUCUCUGCAAUGCAACCAAACCCCUCCCUCUCAAGCACCCUCCUCUUUUCUCUCCAUACCCACCUCACAAAACUAAACUCUGUACACCCAACUGUCCAAUCAAAAACCGAUUUUCCUUAUCCUUCACACUCAAAUCCUCGCCAUCGAAUUCUAAGUCACGCCAAUGCCAAAUCAAAGCCUGCUUCUCCGAUUAUGCAGCAUCGGCUGCGACGUCCGAAAUCGACAUGGUAAGAACUAAAGAGGGUAUUUAUACAGCCAAGCCCAAGAAGGUGGUAGUUCUAUGGGACCUAGACAACAAGCCUCCACGAGGUCCACCAUACCAGGCUGCCAUGGCGCUGAAACAGGUCGCUCGACGCUUCGGCGAUGUCGUCGACAUCUCCGCCUACGCCAACCGCCACGCCUUCAUCCACCUACCCAAUUGGGUCGUCGAAGAACGCCGUGAACGACGCAAUCUCGAUAUCCUCGAACGCAAAGGCUUAUCAACGCCUUCGCAACCCUACAUAUGCUCGGUCUGUGGCCGAAAGUGUAAGACCAAUUUGGAUUUAAAGAAGCAUUUCAAGCAAUUGCAUGAGAGAGAAAGGCAGAAGAAGCUGAACCGAAUGAGAUCUUUGAAGGGUAAGAAACGGCAACGUUUCAAGGAGAGGUACGUCGAUGGAAAUGAGAAGUAUGUGGAGGCGGCGAAGACUUUGAUUACUCCGAAAGUUGGGUACGGAUUGGCUUCGGAGCUGAGGCGAGCUGGGGUUUUCGUGAAGACUGUUGAGGAUAAACCACAAGCAGCGGAUUGGGCAUUGAAAAGACAAAUGCAGCAUUCUAUGAGUAGAGGGAUUGAUUGGUUGUUUUUGGUUUCGGAUGAUUCAGAUUUUUCUGAGAUGCUAAGGAAGGCAAGGGAGUCAAAUUUGGGGACGGUGGUGGUUGGGGAUUGGGAUAGGGCGUUGGGGAGGCACGCUGAUUUGUGGGUGCCUUGGAUUGAAGUUGAGAAUGGGGAGGUUAAUGAGAAGGAUUUAGUGCCUAAGAGUAGGAGAAGAAGUGAGUUUGUGCAAGGGAAUGGUGGGUCUUGUUCAGUUACUCACUAUGAUGGGGGAACUAGGAAUGAAGGGAAUUUAGAUAGUCUAGUGGAAGAACUUGUUGGGAUUAGGACUGAUUUUCGUGAGUUGAGGAUUUCAGCAUUUUCCGAGGAUGAAGAGGAUUGGCCAAGGGAGCAAAUGAGUCCAGAGGGCCAAUUUGUAGAUGAUGAUGAUGAUGAAGAAGAUCUCUUUUUAGAUAGUGAGGAUGAGGAAACAGAAGAAGAUGAAGUGUAUUUUUGA